GUAUCAAUGAUAGUAGUUUGACAGCGAGCUAGCUAGCUUGUCUUCGCCACUACUGACUGACCUCCGCUCCUAAGAUGGCUGGUGUACGAGCCCUUGGUGUUCUUUCCAGAUUAUCACCAAGGAGAUAUGACCUACUGACAGGCGGUACUCUUAGGACCUUCUCAGUAGCUCCAGCAAUGCUCGCCCGCACCCAUGUGAACUAUGAAGUCAAGGGCGAUGUUGCUGUCAUACGCAUGAACGCCCCAAACUCCAAGGUGAACACACUCUCAAUCCAAAUGCAAAAGGAGAUGGCGGAGGUCAUGAAUGAAGUUUGGGCCAACAACGCUGUUCAAAGUGCUGUCCUCAUCUCCGCAAAGCCCGGAUGCUUCAUUGCAGGAGCUGAUAUUAAUAUGAUCCAAGCAUGCAAAACUCCAGAGGAGGUCACCACACUUUCUCAGGAAGGACAGAAGAUGUUCGAACUAAUUGAAAAAUCUCCUAAGCCCAUUGUCGCUGCCAUCAAUGGCUCCUGCUUAGGAGGAGGCUUAGAGUUUGCCAUCGCCUGCCAAUACAGAAUUGCAACAAAGAGCAAGAAAACUGUUCUUGGCACUCCAGAAGUGAUGCUUGGUCUUCUACCUGGAGCUGGUGGCACUCAGAGACUCCCCAAAAUGGUUGGCCUACCCAGUGCCUUUGACAUGAUGCUGACAGGAAGAAAUAUCCGAGCGGAUAAAGCCAAAAAGAUGGGGCUCGUCAACCAACUUGUAGACACCCUAGGACCCGGCCUGAAGAGUCCAGAGGAAAGAACAAUAGACUACCUUGAGGAAGUUGCCAUUGAAUAUGCCAGAGGGAUCGCCAAUAAGAAGAUCCCUCUCAAAAAAGAGAAAGGCACGAUGGAGAAAUUUCAAGACUACGUUAUGAGCUUUGAGUUUGUGCGGAAUCAGAUUUAUAAAACUGUCUACGGAAAAGUUAUGAAGCAGAGCAAGGGGCUUUAUCCAGCACCCCUGAAAAUCAUUGAAUGUGCGAAAACUGGAAUCGAACAAGGCCCCGUUGCUGGAUACUUAGCGGAGUCCCAGAACUUUGGUCAGUUGGCAAAAACCACCGAAUCGGCAGCCCUGAUUGGUCUCUACCACGGUCAAGUCGCGUGCAAGAAGAACCGCUUUGGAACUCCCGAAAGAGAAGUGAAGACUCUUGCCAUCCUGGGAGCAGGUCUGAUGGGAGCAGGCAUCGCCCAGGUGACUGUGGACAAAGGUGUGAACACAAUCCUCAAGGACACCACUCUGUCUGGACUGGCCAGGGGAGAACAGCAGGUUUACAAAGGGCUAAACGACAAGACCAAAAAGAAGAACAUCACGUCAUUUCAGAGGGACUCCAUCCUGUCGAACAUGAGCGGCACGUUGGAUUACAGCAGCUUUGAAAAGGCGGACAUGGUUAUUGAAGCUGUGUUUGAAGACAUCAACAUCAAGCAUGCCGUCCUGAAGGAGGUGGAGGCUGUGGUUCCCCCUCACUGCAUAUUUGCCAGCAACACGUCUGCUCUGCCUAUCAAGGAUAUUGCUGCUGCCAGCAAGAGACCAGAUAAGGUGAUUGGAAUGCACUACUUCUCUCCAGUGGACAAGAUGCAGCUCCUGGAGAUUAUAACCACUGAUCAGACGUCCAAGGACACCACGGCCUCCGCUGUGGCAGUCGGCCUGAAGCAGGGCAAAGUCAUCAUAGUUGUUGGGGAUGGACCCGGAUUCUACACAACAAGGUGUCUGGCUCCCAUGUUGGCAGAAGCAGUACGAGUACUUCAGGAAGGAGUCGACCCCAAGAAGUUAGAUUCACUCACCACCGGCUUCGGGUUCCCUGUGGGUGCAGCCACACUGGCUGAUGAAGUUGGUAUUGACGUAGCCGCCCAUGUGGCCGAGGACCUCGGCAAAGCUUUCGGCUCCCGCUUCGGUGGUGGAAAUGUGGAGGUUCUGAAGACCAUGGUGGACCUGGGAUUCAAGGGCCGCAAAUCAGGAAAGGGUUGCUUCGUCUACCAGCCAGGACUCAAGAUCAGAGAAGUAAACCCAGAAAUUGGAGAUAUCCUUGAGAAAUACAGGCUGACCCCAAAUCCUGCUGUUUCCUCAGACUCUGACGUGCAGUACAGGCUCGUCUCCCGAUUCGUCAACGAGGCCGUGCUGUGUUUGCAGGAGGGCAUUUUGAACAACCCUCUGGAAGGAGACAUCGGGGCUGUGUUUGGGCUGGGAUUCCCCCCCUGCCUUGGAGGGCCUUUCCGUUUCGUGGACACCUUUGGUGCCGACAAGCUGGUAGCGAAGAUGAGGCAAUACGAAGCUGUUUACGGGAAUCAGUUCACACCGUGCCAGCUCCUCAUCGAUCAUGCAAACGAUCCCAGCAAGAAAUUUCACAAGUGACCGACUCACCGUGUGUGCCAGUAGAUUUUAAUCGACCUCCAGUCUGACACAAGAAUGUGCCUAACAUUUCACCAGUGAGGAGGCUGAAAAAAUAAUCUCAGUUGCCAGUUUAUUAGGUAGCUAAAACUAAUGCAGUGUAAUACAGCAGUCCUAAGCCAAAACAAAAACUGAACACUAUAACUUUCAUCGUGAUAGUUUUUAUUACAGGACUGUUGUACUCGUUUUAGCUGGUGCAUUUGAUAAAGUGGCAACUGAGUGUGAAAUGUGAGCAAUAUUGGAUGUUUUUUUUGUAACAUUAUUGAUUUACUUAAUGAUGUAUAGAUUAGGGAGCAGCUUGUGAAAUGACUGGAGGCAAAAGAAAAUAUUUUCCAUCUGGCAAAUAAAUUCUUCAUUAUUGAUGAAUGCACUGUAAAA